CCAACCAGUGUUUACAAAAUGUUCCAUGGAUGUGACGUGACGUGACGUCCGGCAGUGGCGGCGCGGGCUGGAUUGAACAUGAGAAAGAUGUCAUGGUGAUCUUGAGAGAGGGUAUUUGUCCUGGGCUUAAUGCGGAUCUUAUCCAAGCCCUAAGAAAUGUGGACAUCAGAACAGUGGAGGAUUUGGUGUCAGCCAACCUUGAGGAACUGGCCCAGAAAUGCUCUGUAUCCUACAAGGCCCUGAUUGCUGUCCGACGGGUUCUGUUGGCCCAACAUGCAGCUUUUCCUGUCUCAUGUGCGGACCUGUACGAAGAGCUGCUGAGUUCAACUGCUAUUCUCUCUACGGGCAUUUCCAGUCUAGAUAAGCUAUUAGACUCCGGCCUGUACACUGGGGAGAUAACUGAGCUCACUGGAGGCCCGGGAAGUGGUAAAACACAGGUUUGUUUUAGCACUGCUGUGCAAAUCUCAAGCCAGCUCAAGCAUAGUGUCAUCUAUAUUGACACUAAUGGAGGAAUGUCUGCAAAUCGUUUACUUCAAAUGCUUAAAAAUAAGUCCAGCACAAUGGAAGAGCAGAUGGCCGCUCUUCAGCGUAUUCAAGUGUUAAGAGUCUUUGAUGUCUUCUCUCUGCUAGAAUGUCUGCAAAAUAUAAGAACUGAUGGAGUUCAUAUGGCAGGUGUUGGAGGUUCAGUGAAGGCCCUCAUCAUUGACUCUGUGUCAGCUGUUCUCGCUAAUAUGCUUGGAGGCAAACAAACUGAAGGCAUGUCUUUGAUGAUGCAAGUUGCGGGGGAGCUAAAAACAAUUUCUAAAGACCUUAACAUUGCUGUUCUGGUGACAAAUCAUGCAACCAGGGAUGGCAGUGGGCAGCCAAGAGCGGGUUUGGGCCAGUCCUGGGGUCACGUUCCGAGGACCCGUGUGCUCCUUCAGCGGGUGGAGAGAGCGGGUGCCGCCCCUGGCCUACGCUCCGCAACAUUGAUCAAAUCAUCUAGACAGCAAUGCCAAGUGCAACAAGAAUUUGACUUGGGAAGCUGGGCAGACCCUAAAGAAGUCAAGGCUGGGACAUCAGGCAAGAGAAGAUUAGAGAGUGACAGUCCUACACUGAAGUAAAUUCCACCUGGUCCUUUUUUAAACAUUUGAUUUGCAGUUCUUAUUAUGAUGCAUUUUAUUUCAUCAUCUUUCACCAACCACUUUGGGGAACAUAUUUUGUAAAAAAAAGAA